ACAUCGAUGACCCAGACGAUAGCAUCGAUGUUUUUCCACCUCUACUGCGGCUGCAAUUUCAUUUUUCUAAAAACUUAAUUUAUCCGCAAUUUAGGCAAGUAAAGAUCUUGCCUCCGUGUGAUCCUUCGGCGCCGGUGCCACCACACGAAAGCCCUUUGGCUGGUCAAUAAAACAGUGCGCGAAUCGCCCCAGGGCAACCGAAAAGAUAACCUCUAAAGUCUGGACCCAUCAGGCAGAUGCACCUGCUCAACCUUUUCCCCUUCCCAAAUGCAAAUGCCAGUGAAAAGAGCCUCUAACUAGUUGAUAAUUCCGGCCCAGCCAUGUCGACGACGUCGGUGGUGCAGCAGUUCGUGAACGGGCUCAAGUCCCGCAACCGGAAUGUGCAGAACAAGGCCACCCAGGACCUGCUCUUCUACGUGAAGACGGAGCUGCGCGAGAUGUCCCAGGAGGAGCUGGCGCAAUUCUUUGACGAGUUCGACCACCACAUCUUCACCAUGGUGAAUGCGGCGGACAUCAACGAGAAGAAGGGCGGUGCCCUGGCCAUGAAAUGCCUGAUCAACUGCGAGGGCAGUUUGACGGCCAGAAAAGGCAUCUCGCCCUAUCUGAAUCGCCUGCGAGAUCUGCUCCUGAUCAACGAUGUUUCCGUCAUGGAAAUUGCCGCCCGCUCGCUGGUGAAGCUGGCCAACAUGCCCACCUCCAAGGGCGCCGAUUCCUUCGACUUCGACAUCAAGAAGGCCUUCGAGGUGCUGAGAGGCGAAAGACAGGAGUACCGCCGCCACGCAGCCGUCUUCAUUCUCCGUGAGCUGGCUAUCGCCUUGCCGACCUACUUUUAUCAGCACAUCCUUACCUUUUUUGAGGUAAUUUUUAACGCCAUCUUCGAUCCCAAACCUGCCAUCCGCGAGUCUGCCGGCGAGGCCCUGAGGGCAGCUUUAAUUGUCACCGCCCAGCGAGAGAGCACAAAACAGUCCAGCGAACCGCAGUGGUACAGGAUCUGCUACGACGAGGCCAACAGCAGCUUCAGUGCCGACAUCGCCGCCGGCAAGGAGCAGAAGGGCGUGACCCGAGACGAUCGCAUUCACGGUGGCCUCAUCGUCUUCAACGAGCUCUUUCGCUGUGCCAACGCCAGCUGGGAGCGCCGCUACACAUCGCUGAAGACACUCUUCCCCAAGGCACAGCACAACAAGUUCCUGGAGGCCAGUGGCUCAUCGGGAAUGGGCUCUCAGCUGAACACCCUGGUGCCGCGCCUUAAGGUGCCCUUCAUCGACAAGCUCGGCAGCACCCAGACGCACUUGGGCGAGGGCGAUCACCACAACGGCGUGGCCAAGUUCGCGAGCCACAACGUUCUGGAGUCCGCCUACGCUCAUGAGAUCCUGCAGGAGCACUACACCACCAUUUGCGACAAUGUGUUGGAGCAGCGAUCCUCAAAGUCACCUUAUGUGCAGCAGGCUCUGCUGCAAAUCCUGCCGCGACUGGCCGCCUUCAACCGCGAGGUGUUUGUGGAGAAGUAUCUGCAGACCUGCGUGUCGCAUUUAAUGCUGAUCCUGCGCGGCAAGGAGAAGGAUCGCACGGUGGCCUACAUAACCAUCGGUUACAUGGCUGUGGCCGUGCAGAGUGCGAUCGAGGUGCAUCUAUCGGGGAUUAUGAGCAGCGUGAAGCUGGCUCUGCCGGCCAAGGAUUUGACCAGCAAACGAAAGGUGCCAGUGGACCCGGCCGUCUUUGCCUGCAUAACUCUCCUGGCGCAUGCCGUGAAGUCGGAAAUAGCCGAGGAUGUUAAGGACAUCCUUGAGCAGAUGUUCUACACGGGCCUUUCGCCUGCCCUCACCGUUUGCCUGCGAGAACUCUCCGAGAACGUGCCCCAGCUAAAGUCGGCCAUUACGGACGGACUGAUCGGAAUCCUUUCCCAGGUGCUGAUGAACAAGGCAGCCGCUGUUCCCUACACUGUCCUGCCCCCGAUCGCCAUCGAUGCAUCGCUGAUGAUGCAAAAUGCCGAUGGCGCUACCACCGUGCUGGCCCUCAAAACUUUGGGAACCUUCAACUUCGAGGAACAGAAUAUGCUAGACUUUGUGCAGCGUUGCGCUGACUACUUCAUUGUGCACGAACAGCAGGAGAUUCGUUUAGAGGCGGUACAGACCUGCACACGACUCCUCAAACUGGCAGUGCAAUCGUCGGAGAGCAUGGAAAACUCGAAAACGCUCAGCGACACCGUCUCGCACGUGAUUGAGCGCCUCCUCAUGGUGGCCAUCACGGACAUGGACUGCAAUGUGCGGAUACGUAUCCUCCGCUCGCUGGACGAGACCUUUGAUGCGAAGCUGGCGCAGCCAGAGUCCCUGAACUCGCUGUUCAUUACGCUGCACGACGAGAUCUUCGAGAUCCGCGAACUGGCAAUGGUCACCAUUGGCCGCUUGUCCUCCAUGAACCCGGCCUAUGUGAUGCCCAAGCUGAGGACGACCAUGAUCGAGCUGAUCACGGACCUCAAGUACUCGGGCAUGAGCAGGAACAAGGAGCAGAGUGCCAAGAUGCUGGACCAUCUGGUGAUAAGCACGCCCAGGCUGAUAUCCUCGUACAUGAAUCCGAUCCUGAAGGCUUUGGUACCCAAGUUGCAUGAGCCCGAAUCGAAUCCGGGGGUUAUUCUGAAUGUGCUUCGCACCAUUGGUGAUCUGGCCGAGGUGAACGGAGGGUCCGAUGAAAUGGAACUGUGGGCCGACGACCUGCUCUCCAUUUUGCUGGAAAUGCUCGGCGAUGCUGGCAGUCCGGAUAAGCGAGGCGUGGCUCUGUGGACCCUGGGACAGCUGAUCAGUGCAACUGGUCGCGUUGUGAGCCCGUACCACAAGUAUCCCGUGCUCAUCGACAUCCUGAUCAACUUCCUCAAAACGGAACAGCGUCGCUCCAUUCGAAGGGAAACCAUUCGGGUGCUGGGCUUGUUGGGCGCCAUGGAUCCGUACAAGCACAAGAUGAACAAAGGCUUGAUCGAUAGCCAAAAGGAUAAUGUUCUGAUAGCCUAUUCCGAUGGCAAGGUGGACGAGAGCCAGGACAUUUCCACCGCAGAGCUGCUGGUGAAUAUGGGCAACGCCCUGGAUGAGUACUACCCGGCGGUGGCCAUAGCUGCCCUCAUGCGGAUUCUGCGCGAUCCCACGCUGAGCACGCGACACACCAGCGUGGUGCAGGCGGUGACCUUCAUCUUCCAGAGUCUGGGCAUCAAGUGUGUGCCGUAUUUGGCCCAAGUGCUGCCCAAUUUGCUGGACAACGUGCGCACAGCGGACAACAAUCUGCGGGAGUUCCUCUUCCAGCAGCUCGCCAUUCUGGUGGCAUUCGUGAAACUGCACAUUAUCAGCUACAUGGGCGAUAUUUUCAAGCUGAUCAAGGAGUUCUGGACAAUUAAUACACCACUGCAGAACACAUUGAUCAAUCUGAUCGAGCAGAUUGCCGUGGCAUUGGGCUGUGAGUUCAGGGAUUACCUGGCGGAACUGAUCCCCCAGAUCCUUCGGGUCCUGCAGCACGAUAACUCCAAGGAUAGAAUAGUGACAAGAAGACUGCUCCAGGCUCUCCAGAAGUUUGGCAGCACCUUGGGCUACUAUCUGCCGCUGAUUGUGCCGCCCAUCGUGAAGCUCUUCGACUCCCCCUACGUGCCGCAGCAGGUGUCCAUGGUGGCCCUGGAGACGAUCAACAAUUUGGCCUGCCAGCUGGACUUCACCGACUUCUCCUCGCGCAUUAUCCACCCGCUGGUUCGGGUGCUGGACGCCGAACCGGAGCUGCGCGACCAAGCGAUGAUCACGCUCCGUUCGCUGGUCAAGCAGCUGGGCAAGAAGUAUCUGGUGUUCGUGCCCAUGGUGCAGCGCACCCUCAACAAGCAUCGCAUUGCGGAUCCCGAGUACGAGAAGCUGCUCGGUCGCAUCCAGUCGAACAGCACGCUGGCGGAUUCCUGUGGGGCGGGCGAGUCGGGAUUACGCCCGGCCAAGAUCAAGAACAACGAGCCCUUCGUGACGGACAGGAAUAGCAAUAACAAAAACUUGCAGGUCACCACAAACGAACUGCGAACGGCGUGGCAGGUGACGCGUCGCGUCUCCAAAGAUGAUUGGGUGGAGUGGCUAAAGCGGCUGUCCAUUGGCCUGUUGAAGGAGUCGCCCUCACAUGCAUUAAGAGCCUGCCGCUCGCUGGCCCAGGAGUAUGACACGCUGUUGCGGGACCUCUUCAACGCCGCCUUCAUUUCCUGUUGGACGGAGCUGUCGCCGGACCUCAAGUCCGAGCUAACGCAGUCGCUGAUCCAAGCCCUGCAAGUCACUGAUAUGCCCGAAAUCACCCAGACCAUCCUCAACCUGGCCGAGUUUAUGGAGCAUUGCGAUCGCGACCCCAUACCCAUAGAGACCAAGCUGCUGGGCACUCGGGCGAUGGCUUGCCGGGCGUACGCCAAAGCACUGCGCUACAAGGAGGAGGAAUUCCUGCUGCGCGAGGAUCCGCAGGUGUUCGAGUCACUGAUUCUGAUCAACAACAAGCUGCAACAGCGCGAGGCGGCCGAAGGUCUGCUCACCGCCUUUCGCAAUGCAGCCAACGAGCUGAAUGUCCAGGGCAGAUGGUACGAAAAGCUGCACAACUGGGAUCAGGCGCUGGAGCACUACGAACGGAAUCUGCAGACCGAUUCGUCGGAUCUGGAGGCGCGCCUGGGCCACAUGCGCUGCCUGGAGGCGCUCGGCGACUGGUCGGAGUUGAGCAAUGUGACCAAGCACGAGUGGGAAACGUUCGGCACGGAGGCCAAGGCGAGAGCCAGUCCGUUGGCAGCCGUGGCUGCCUGGGGACUCCAGGAUUGGGAGGCGAUGCGGGAGUAUGUAAGGUGCAUACCAGAGGACACGCAAGACGGGAGCUACUAUCGGGCAGUACUGGCGGUGCAUCAUGACGACUUUGAGACCGCCCAGCGGCUGAUAGACGAGACCAGGGAUCUGCUGGACACGGAACUCACAUCCAUGGCGGGCGAAUCAUAUGAGAGAGCGUACGGAGCCAUGGUUUGUGUGCAAAUGCUGGCGGAGCUGGAGGAGGUCAUUCAGUACAAGCUGAUCCCCGAGAGGAGGGAGCCCUUGAAGACGAUGUGGUGGAAGCGCCUGCAGGGAGGACAACGCCUGGUGGAGGACUGGCGUAGGAUCAUCCAGGUGCACUCGCUAGUGGUCAAGCCGCACGACGACAUACACACCUGGCUGAAAUACGCCAGCCUUUGCCGCAAGAGCGGCUCCCUGCACCUGUCCCACAAAACGCUGGUGAUGCUGCUGGGCACCGAUCCCAAGCUGAAUCCCCUCCAGCCGCUGCCGUGCAAUCAGCCGCAGGUGACGUACGCCUACACCAAGUACAUGGCCGCCAACAACCAGCUGCAGGAGGCCUACGACCAGCUGCGGCACUUCGUGAACACCUACAGCCAGGAGCUGAGUUGCCUGCCGCCCGAGGCACUGAAGCAGCAGGAUCAGCGCCUGAUGGCGCGCUGCUACCUGCGUCUGGCCACCUGGCAGAACAAGCUGCAGGACAGUCUGGGACCGGAUGCGAUUCCCGGCGCCCUCGAGUGCUUCGAGAAGGCCACCAGCUACGAUCCGAACUGGUACAAGGCCUGGCAUUUGUGGGCCUACAUGAACUUCAAGGUGGUGCAGGCGCAAAAGUCGGCGCUGGACAAACAACAGCCACCGGGAGGCGUCAGCAUGGGCAUGGCCAUGGGCCUGGGUCUGGACAGUGAUCUGCUGAUCAUCCAGCAGUAUGCAGUGCCCGCGGUGCAGGGCUUCUUCCGCUCGAUCAGCCUCAUCAAGGGCAACUCGCUGCAGGACACGCUGCGCCUGCUGACCCUCUGGUUUGACUAUGGCAACCAUGCCGAGGUGUACGAGGCGCUGCUCUCCGGAAUGAAGCUGAUCGAGAUCAACACCUGGUUGCAGGUGAUCCCACAGCUAAUUGCCCGCAUCGACACCCAUCGUCAGUUGGUGGGGCAGCUGAUCCACCAACUGCUCAUGGACAUUGGCAAGAAUCAUCCGCAGGCAUUGGUCUACCCCCUAACGGUGGCCUCCAAGUCGGCCUCGUUGGCGCGCCGGAAUGCCGCCUUCAAGAUCCUGGACUCGAUGCGGAAGCACUCGCCCACUUUGGUGGAGCAGGCGGUCAUGUGCAGUGACGAGCUCAUCCGCGUGGCGAUCCUGUGGCACGAGCAAUGGCACGAGGGCUUGGAGGAGGCCUCGCGGCUGUACUUCGGCGAUCGCAAUGUGAAGGGCAUGUUCGAGAUUCUGGAGCCACUGCAUGCCAUGCUGGACAGGGGACCGCAAACGCUCAAGGAGACCUCCUUUUCGCAGGCCUACGGACGCGAGCUGACGGAGGCCUACGAGUGGUCGCAGCGCUACAAGACCUCGGCGGUGGUGAUGGAUUUGGACCGUGCCUGGGACAUCUAUUAUCACGUCUUCCAGAAGAUAUCGCGCCAGCUGCCCCAGCUCACCUCACUGGAGCUGCCGUACGUCUCGCCCAAGCUGAUGACCUGCAAGGACCUCGAGUUGGCCGUUCCGGGGUCCUACAAUCCGGGACAGGAGCUCAUCCGGAUAAGUCACAUCAAAACAAACCUGCAGGUGAUUACAUCCAAGCAGCGACCGCGAAAACUGUGCAUUCGUGGCUCCAACGGCAAGGAUUACAUGUACCUGCUCAAAGGGCACGAGGAUCUGCGGCAGGACGAGCGCGUCAUGCAGCUUUUCUCGCUGGUGAACACACUGCUACUGGACGACCCGGACACGUUCCGUCGCAAUCUGGCCAUCCAGCGGUACGCAGUGAUCCCGCUCAGCACCAACUCGGGUCUGAUUGGAUGGGUGCCGCACUGCGACACGCUGCACACGCUGAUCCGCGACUACCGGGACAAGAAGAAGGUGCCCCUGAACCAGGAGCACCGCACCAUGCUGAACUUUGCCCCCGACUACGACCACCUCACGCUAAUGCAGAAGGUUGAGGUGUUCGAAUAUGCGCUGGGUCAGACGAAGGGCGACGACCUGGCCAAGUUGCUGUGGCUCAAGUCGCCGUCCUCGGAACUGUGGUUCGAGCGGCGAAACAACUACACCCGCUCGCUGGCCGUCAUGUCCAUGGUGGGCUACAUCCUGGGCCUGGGCGAUCGUCAUCCGUCGAACCUCAUGCUUGACCGCAUGAGCGGCAAGAUUCUGCACAUCGAUUUCGGCGACUGCUUCGAGGUGGCCAUGACGCGCGAAAAGUUCCCCGAGAAGAUUCCCUUCCGCCUCACGCGGAUGCUGAUCAAGGCCAUGGAGGUCACGGGCAUCGAGGGCACCUACAGGCGCACCUGCGAGAGCGUGAUGCUGGUGCUGCGCCGCAACAAGGACUCACUGAUGGCCGUGCUGGAGGCCUUCGUCUACGAUCCCCUGCUCAACUGGCGUCUGCUGGACGUCGACAAGAAGGGCAACGAUGCCGGGGCGGGAGCGGGAGCUGGCGGGGCUCCGGGCGGCAGGGGCGGCUCUGGGAUGCAGGACAGCCUCAGCAAUUCGGUGGAGGACUCCCUGCCCAUGGCCAAGUCGAAGCCCUACGAUCUGGCACUGCAGCAGGUGGGCGGCCUGCACAACAACGUGGCCGACGAGACGAACAGCAAGGCCAGCCAGGUGAUCAAGCGGGUCAAGUGCAAGCUCACCGGCACCGACUUCCAGACGCAGAAGAGCGUCAACGAGCAGGAGCAGGUGGAUCUGCUCAUACAGCAGGCGACCAACAACGAGAACCUCUGCCAGUGCUACAUUGGCUGGUGUCCGUUCUGGUAGGUCAAAGUCGAGCAGCGAUCGAGGUAGCGAUCCCAACCGACGACAACCGGCCACUACUGACUGAGCGAGAUUACAAAUACUACAUACUAACACUAACUGAAUUGUGUGCACCAUCUCCGAAGAGGAUUCGGAGUGGACUGCAGCUAGGCUCUAAGUAUAUAAUAUUUUUAUAAUUUAUGUUAGAAAUACGCUUUAUUAUCUUUUAUUUGUGAAUCCGAUUGGAAACCAAUUCCAGUUUUGUAAAAAUCAUAAAAACCCAUGAAACAAUCAA